GCUGAAUUGUUAGUUGUUUUGGGAUGGCACUGGGGAGAGCAUUUUUAAAAAACUAUUUAUUUACAUAAUUUGGUUAAUGGAGACCUUUUAAGCUUCGAUUGGGUUGUUUUCACAUCACAGUUGAGUACUUUGAGGACCAUUGGAAAGUGCAAAAUACAACAUUUCGAACCGUUUUUACAGUUUCUGGCAGAUAAAUGUUUAAUUUUGAUAUUUAUUAGGGAUAACAUAGCCUUUUAAGUUCUGUUAUUAAUUUAAAAAUUACAGAUAAAACUGUUUUAAUUAUGGUGAUUUAAGCAAACUGCUUUUAUCUAAAUGGUAAUCUGCAGUCAAACUGAAAAACUGGGUCUUUGGCCUGUUAGAGAACUUGGUGUCUAUACAAUCAGGAAAAACACAGCAUAAAUUCACUUCUAAAAAAGAGACAUACUGAGUGUGAGGAGCAGGACAAGCAGCAGUGAUUUCUCAUUGGGACUGUCCCUCUGUUGCCAUUGGUUACUAUACCUGCUGAUGGAUUUACCCACCAUGCGUUACAGCAAUAGCCGCAGGGUUAAGAGAGCUGUUCUGUCACCCCGCUCACAGACAAACACACACAGUAUGUAGAUGUGGUAGAUAUGACAGCCUGCAUGUACCUGCUGUGUGCUCACUGUCUGCAGGUCCAGUUUAUCUGCUUGUUUUGUUGUGUAAGCUCCAUUUACUACAGUGCAGACUCAGUUUGUAGUUUCAUAUGCCCAAAAAUGAUUUCAACAAAAGCCAAUAACCUUUUAUAUUGUUACAAACUGAUAUGCGUCUCCAGGUUCAGUGUUACUGAUAGUGCUGAAAUAACAAACAAAGAGAUCUGUGCUGCACAGCGUUUCUGCUCCUCCCUCUCUAGUAAGGUUUGCUCUGUGUAGGAGGCUCCUCACCACAGAUGUUUGUGGAUUUAAGUGCUGAACCACUGACUGACUUAAAAAAAAUUUUAUAGCUAAUGUAGAUACGUUGGCUGUAUCCUUUCGGUUGUUUGCCUCCACUUUGUCUUUAGACAUCCAGAGCUCCACACCAAUUCAGGUUGGGACUUCUCAACACAGUUUACCUUGCUCUCUAGUGUUGCAGAAAAAUCACUAACUGAUCUUGAGGGUGGCUAGUUCAGAGCAGUCAUAUUUGUGUGGUGUGUGUGUGUAUGUGCUGUAGCCCCAGGGCAGAUGCAGUUGAAUGGCCUCUAACUGCUUCAUCAGCUAGAUCCAGUCCACCACGCAUGUGUCAUUGUUGGCAAUUUCAGAUGUUGCAAAUACAGUUUGCCCUGUACACAGAAAACACUCAAGGGAUACUGUAUAUUUAGAUCCAGAUCCAGAGCUGGCCUUUGUAGCCAGUAAGGCCUAAAGUUGGAAGGAUGUCUCCAGAACACAAAUACUGACUGUCAUGAUGACUAUAAAAUAACAAAAUGUUUUUUGUGAUUAUUUUUUUAUCCAUGAGUAUUGAGUCAUAAAACUGUUCAUGUCAUUAAAUUUAAGACUCCACACCUGAUGGUACCAAUUUUGACAGGUAAUUUUUUCCAACUUUUUGCCAUCAGAGUUAUUUAUAUGAUGCUCAACUUGACAUUUAGUCACUUACAUAUCUUAAAUAAGUACACUUUAAAGCUGCAUGCCCAGAUAUUUGUAGGUUUUAUGACUCUGUUUUUUGUUUCGCUUUCAAAGCCUCCAUUCAGACAGUAAUGAAGUGCACUACAUAGUGAGUGAGGAAUGGUUUCAGAUGGAGGCGCAGACUUGUGGUGUGACCUCAGACUAAGAAUCGAAAAGAACACAGUGAUGUGCAGCAGACCAGGUUUGAAGAGAGCUGUUGGAACAGAAUUAGAGAAAACAGCAGAUCAGUCUAGAAGAGAGCUGUGUGAGAGCCCAGGAGACCUUUGUUCCCAGCCUGUCAGGCACUGGCCUCCUACCAGGCUGCCAAUUGCUUCAUUCUGAGCUUAAUGCUUUGCUUCUUGCCAGGCACCUGGCGCUGUGAAGUAGCCUACAAGGCAAUCAGGAAUAGCUUGUGUUCUGACAGCACAAAGUUGUAUCAGUGUGCCUGACAGACCCACCUUGUGAUUCUUUGCUUCCUGUCAGGCUGCUGGCAUGUUCUGACAGUCUUGAGGCUGUCUGACAGGCACCAUUCAAAUAAUGAACUCCUCUGUAAAAUUUUACUGAGUGGGUAGGUCCUCCCAGACUGUUCAAAGGUUGUCAAUGUGUGCAGUAUGACUGGUCCUAUUUCAGAAGAAAUGUAUGCUAGGAGACACUUACCUGACAUGCCGUAUCGAGGAACAUAAGUUACAUAGGGCUGUUAAAUAUUUGAUCUGAAGAUGUUUUCACACCUGCUCUCUUCAAUCCUGUUCAAUCAAACUGGGAGAGCUGUCGACUGGUAAAUAAAUCAGCAACUAAUCUGAUAAUCAAUGUAUUGGUUCAAGUAGUUUUUAAAGGAAAAAGAUUUGAUGUUUGUUAGAUUCCAGCUUAUGAAUGCUUUCUGUUUUUGUGGACUCAUCUUUACAGUAAACUGAAUAUCUUUUGGAUGUGAACAAAACAAGGCAUUUGAGGACCUUGGGCUUUUGGGAACAUUGGUCAACAUGUUUUAUUGUUUUGUGAAAUUGUGCAAACCAAGCAACUAAAUGAUUAAUUCAGAAAAUAAUCAACAGAUUAAUCAACAAUGACAGUACUUGUUCGUUGCAGCCCUAGAAUGUGGUUUGUUUUGCCCAUCAGACAGAACAAGAAAAUUUAAACACAUCCAUCCAUCCAUCCAUCCAUCCAUCCAUCCAUCCAUCCAUCCAUCCAUACCUACUUUAGCAGCAGUGAGCCUUAGAAAAAAAACUGUCAUACUGGCACUGUUUCUCUCACAGAUAUCUGCUCUAGUCCAGAACACAGGAUCUUCUUCCAGUAUUUACUUUUGUCCUCCUGUCCCAGAAACAUCUGAGUUUACAUGAUGUGAAUGUUCACAUGCAGUUUGUUGUCAUGCAUGAUAGUUUGCUUAGAAUUUUGUUGUUUUUCAGCGAACAAAUUCUUGCUGUAAAAUGGCCUAAAAUACCCAUACACAUUAAUAGGGCAUUUUCAAGCCAUUUGUAAUUGUUCACUAAUGUAGUUCAGUGCUGCUUCAAGUAUUUUUUGGCCAUUUGGGACAGCACAGGCUUCUGGAAAACAAAGUGUAAACAUUGAUGUGUUAAUGUAGAUUUUCAGUCAUCCAUGCACUUUCUGCUGGCUGGAAAAAACACAGUACUAUCACUACUGCAUUGACACGUGAAUGCCUUAACUGAAAAAUCUAAUAUUGUCUUUCUUUCAAAAAGAUGGCAGUGACCAAUGCUUUCAUUAAAGAUCCCAGAAAGUGAACCGGGGAUCUUCUAGCUGCAAGGACAGACGUAGCAGCAGCAGUAUGUCGAGUCAGCAGCUGCCCUCUGUAUCUCCUGUGUCCCCUCUGGGCUCCAUUGGCAUCCCCACCCCUGCCCAGCUCACUAAAGCCAACGCACCUGUCCACAUCGAUGUAGGAGGACACAUGUACACCAGCAGCCUGGCCACCCUCACCAAGUACCCUGAGUCAAGAAUCGGCCGGCUGUUCGAUGGCACGGAGCCCAUAGUGUUGGACAGUCUAAAGCAGCACUACUUCAUCGAUCGGGAUGGGCCCAUGUUCCGCUACAUACUUAACUUCCUCCGAACCGCCAAACUGCUCAUCCCUGAUGACUUCAAAGAAUAUUCCCUGCUGUAUGAAGAGGCCACUUUCUUCCAGCUGGCUCCUCUGCAAGCUGAGCUGGAACGCUGGAGGACCGAACGGGAAUGUGGGGGUGUGUGUUGCGACUGUGAGUGUGUGGUGGUUCACGUGGCUCCAGAGCUCGGCGAGAGGAUCAGUGUGAGCACCCAGCGGGCGGUAAUUGAGGAGGUGUUUCCUGAGGUGCGAGACGUCAUGUCCAAUUCCCUGAACACCAGCUGGAACCAGGACUCAGCACACAUCAUUCGCUUCCCGCUCAAUGGCUACUGCCACCUCAGCUCUGUUCAGGUGUUGGAGCGGUUACAGCAAAGAGGCUUCUGGAUCACAGGCUCGUGUGGCGGCGGAGUGGACUCUUCUCAGUUUAGUGAAUACAUUCUGCGGAGGGAGAGCCGAGGCAGCCGACACCCUCCGACCCUGAUACCGAUCAAACAGGAACUCCUGGACUGAACUCAGAAUGUUGCAGAGGUCGACUCUGGAGAAGUAUGUGGACGAGAGCAGCAUCAUUUCAGUAUGAAACAAAGUGAUCAGACAUGAAUGCACAGACACCCAAAUGAUACAGUGAAAAGAUGAAGGAGAGAUUUGUAUUUCCUUUGACACUUUGCUUUCAUGCACAGCAGUGCUACCAGACAGCAUCAGUAAAUGAUCAGAUCCAUCUGUGCAAGAACCUGCAGGCUGUCAUAGGAUCAUCAGUCAUGUACAAUGUGUGCUAAUUUUAACUCACACUGACAUUUGCAUUUCUGAUGUGAAAUGGUGCAGUAUGGGUAAAAUCUUUCAUCACAGUGUCAUUUUAUAUUGUGAUAUAGUGUGCUUCCUGAAAACUCAAUUGACAGAUAACAGAAUCCACUAAAUUAAAUACCUGAUAAAUGAAGAUUCUUCAUCACAUUGAUGCAAACAUUCUGUGAAUGUGUACUACCACUGAACAGUUCCACUCUGACAUCAAGAAUUCUCCCAUUGGCUUAAUACCACCAGGGAUAUGAAAUGAGGGCUGCCACAAUAUAAACGGUGCAGCAACAGUUGACCAUUUCUGUAUAUUCAUUGCUGCCUCAGCAAGUAUUUGGACCUUUUUAACUUCUGCGCAAUUAAAGGGGUGGAUUUUAUUUUAUUUGGAUGAGAUGAGCAUUUUCUGUCAGGAGACAUGAAGGACAAAAUGAAAGCAUUAAUUUUUGCAAGCUGAAUAAGUGAAAAACUAAAAUCUCUCAUUUAAAAAGUAUUCAGAGCCUUAAUUCAGUAGUUUUAUGAAGCUACUUCAGUAGCAGGAACAGCUUCCAGUCUUCCAGGCUUAGCUCACCUGGAUUUGGACAGUUUAUCCCGUUCUUCCUGCAAAUACUCUGAGGCUUUAUCAGACUGGAUGGAGGCCUCCAUCCAAUCUGGUUUCUGCACAGAGAACAUCAGAUGUUCUCGAUGGUUUAAAUGUAGACUGUUGCUGAGUCACUCCUGGAAAGUCAGAGACUUUUUCUGAAACCACUCUACACAUACUAAAGUUGUCUUGGUUGUUUGCUUUGGGCCGCUCAUGGAUCUGCACCGUCGAUCAGGUUUUUCUUAUUGCAAUAGUCUGUUUAAACAUCCUUGCAUUUCAUGGUUUGGUUUUUGGUCUGACAAUAAUGAGUAAAUUGUGAGAUCUUAGAAACGCAGGUGUGUACCUUUCGAAAAACUGUCCAAACCAAGUCACUUUGCCACAACCCUCAACACAUCUUAAAGAUUAUUAAGGCAAACAGGAUGCAGCUGUCCAGUUUGGAACCGCUGCAAAGACUCCGAAGGCUUUUGUGGAUGAGAGAUUUCAGUUUGUUUUGUUAAAUUUGAAAAAGAAAUUCGAAAAGCAUGUUUUCAUCUGCCAUUAUUAUUACGUUUAGACUGAUAUCAAUGACAUGUCACUGUUAUUACAAUAAAUGUAGGAUGUGUAGAAAAGAAGGGUAUGAAUACUUCCAGAAAAGACUCGACUGAAUAUUGUCAUAUUUUGUUGACUUACCAAAUUAGUCAUCUCUGCCACAGUGUGAGACCACAUGCUGAGGAUGGAAGUCCACAUCCACAUUUUCACUUUGUGCUGAUAAUUAUUGGAUUGUACAAAAAUACAGAGUCCUGAGGCGAGUCUAUACAUCUCAUAAAGUGUCUGCAUGUUUUGCACAGUGACUUUUUUUUAUUGCAGUAGAAAAGUUUCAUUGGUUCAGUAUAUUCACACGUUAACUGACUACAUUUUGGUGACUGUUAAAAAACAUUGCAUUAUACCUUUUUAUCAUUUUGUGAAUUCAAAAGCCAUGAUAGAUUGAUGCUGUCGCUGGAUUUUCAGGAGUUUAUUUAAACACCAGAAGCAUAGUAUAUCACAGACCUCAAGGGGCCGUGUGAUGUAUGACUGAGGAUCAGUGUGAUGUUGUUCUGCUGACAGAGGCGUGAGAUCAGAAGGCGCUCGCGUGGAUUGAUCUGAAAGGUGUAGACAAAUGAGGCAGGUUUUUUUUUUGAGGACCUCUCAAUGACAGCAGGUCUGCAUUUGACAUUUUGACAUGAGAUGAUUCCACUGUGCUCACAGAGAGCAAAGGACUGUUCAGCAUCUCUUUCAGCACACAGAGGUAUAUAAACAAAAAGUACAAAUCCGUAUGUAAGUUUCAGAUGUGAGGUUUAAAUUUUUUCAAGAACAGUAUUUUUCCAGGAGAGGCUGUUGGUUGUAAUGUUCUGUACAUGUUCAAUGCAACUGUGUAGAAUAUAUAUAUAUAUAUAUAUAUAUAUAUAUAUAUAUGUGUUGCAGUGUAUAAAUCUUGAGGCAUGAGCCUUACUUGCAUGUACUGUUGCAUUGAUUUGUAACAUUUGCGGAGACCAUCAGUUACUUUUACCUGGAGCAAACCUGACAUGUUGCACUUGGUAAUGUAAAAAGUCCAAAAAAGUAACUCUUAUUUAUUCAGCCUUAAUUUUAUUUAUGGCAUGCAGUGUUUUUAAUUGUACGAGCACAAUUUCUCUCUUCAUCCUGUUUGAGAAAAUAGAGAAGAAGAAUCUACACAGAAUGUAUUUUUAAUGCAACCUGUUAUCUUUUCCAGAUAUGUUUUUUUGGGACAAGUUGGGGGUGAAUAAGAAUGGGACAGGAACUCCUGCAUUGUUAUUUUCUAGAAUGUUUCCUUUGAUUUGCACAACUAAUGUAAGAUCAUUUCAUAAUUAAUAAAACAGAAUUCAAAAGUAA